CCCAACGCCUGCGGGGCGGGGUGGGGGUCCCGGGGCGUUGAGGGGCCGGGGAGAGACCUCGGAAGGUCCGGGGACCCCGCUAAGGCGGGCGCAGCGCUUUCGAUGCUCGUCCCCCUUCCGCAACUCUUACAAGCUGACAGCAGACGCCCCUGCCUUCGUCACUUUUCACGGACCCAGGAGUCCCGGCGCCCGGGCUGCCCGUACUCACCGCCCAAGAGCCCAGGCCAAGAGCUACCUCACCGGUUAUGGAGUCAGGAAGUCAAGGCCUCAGUCCCCUUCCAAGUAAUGGAUCCAGAAGUUUAGACCUAAGCUCUGUUUUCCCCCCUUAGACUCAAGAGCUCAGGUUCCCCCUUGUCCUUUCCCUCAAACUCAAAAGCCCGCCCCAGGUCCCCUCCUCCCGCAGGACUCCUGGCCCAGCCCUUCCUCUGUUGGAAUCCUGACUUCCAGCCCGUUUUUCCAUCAGAUAUGGGAGGCCGCGUUCUCUACCCCAGCCGCAUCCUCUCCAAGAUUGCAGUCAUCUCGGCUCCUAGAUCGAAGAACUGAUUUCUAAAUUCUGAUCCCCCUCAGAGCCCCCAGACCUGACCCCAGAGGAACGGAUGGAGCUGGAGAACAUCCGCCGGCGGAAGCAGGAGCUGCUGGUGGAGAUCCAGCGCCUCCGAGAGGAGCUCAGCGAAGCCAUGAGUGAGGUGGAGGGUCUGGAGGCCAAUGAGGGCAGCAAGACUUUGCAGCGGAACCGGAAGAUGGCAAUGGGCAGGAAGAAAUUCAACAUGGACCCCAAGAAGGGCAUCCAGUUCUUGGUGGAUAACGAGCUGCUGCAGAACACACCCGAGGAGAUCGCCCGUUUCCUGUACAAGGGCGAGGGUCUGAACAAGACCGCCAUCGGGGACUACCUGGGGGAGAGGGAAGAACUGAACCUGGCAGUGCUCCAUGCUUUUGUGGAUCUGCACGAGUUCACCGACCUCAAUUUGGUGCAGGCCCUCAGGCAGUUUCUGUGGAGCUUUCGCCUCCCUGGAGAGGCCCAGAAAAUUGACCGGAUGAUGGAGGCCUUUGCUCAGCGAUACUGCCUGUGCAACCCUGGGGUUUUCCAGUCCACAGACACGUGCUACGUGCUGUCCUUUGCUGUGAUCAUGCUGAACACCAGCCUUCACAAUCCCAACGUCAGGGACAAGCCUGGUCUGGAGCGUUUUGUGGCCAUGAACCGGGGUAUCAACGAGGGCGGGGACCUGCCUGAGGAGCUGCUCAGGAACCUCUACGAUAGCAUCCGGAACGAGCCCUUCAAGAUCCCUGAGGACGAUGGGAACGAUCUGACCCACACCUUCUUCAACCCGGACCGGGAGGGCUGGCUCCUUAAGCUGGGAGGGGGCCGGGUGAAGACGUGGAAGAGGCGCUGGUUCAUCCUCACUGACAACUGCCUCUACUACUUUGAGUACACAACGGACAAGGAGCCCCGAGGAAUCAUUCCCCUGGAAAACCUGAGCAUCCGAGAAGUGGAUGACCCCCGGAAACCAAACUGCUUUGAGCUUUACAUCCCCAACAACAAGGGGCAGCUCAUCAAAGCCUGCAAAACGGAAGCAGACGGACGGGUGGUGGAGGGGAACCACAUGGUGUACCGGAUCUCGGCCCCCACGCAGGAGGAGAAGGACGAGUGGAUCAAGUCCAUUCAGGCCGCUGUGAGCGUGGACCCCUUCUAUGAGAUGCUGGCUGCGAGGAAGAAGAGGAUUUCUGUCAAGAAGAAGCAGGAGCAGCCCUGACCCCUGCCCCACUCUUAUUUAUUAUGGAGCUGCCCCGCCCAGGUGGCCGGACCCCUGGGCCAAGGGGGCUGUGGAUCCUGGUCCUCCAUUUGGAAAAUUCACCACCUCCCUCCAGCUCCUCCGUAUUUGUAAUUAACAAGCUGUUGGUAAUCUUAUUCAUUAUUUAACCACUCAAGCCUGCGGGCCCCUUUGUUUCUUGGGAUGAGCAGAGCUGAGGUGCUCAGCUUUUAGAAUUUGGAGUGUCGAGCUGGGCCAGUCGCAGCUGCUGGGCAGCGCGUAGGGCUCCAGAGCAGGUGCUGUCAGAGGGCUUUAGUAGGCGGGAGUCAGUGUGCAGAGCCGGUCGAUCCAGACACCGCGGUCAGAAGGCAGGUUCCGGGGAGCCAGUGUCGCUCUCCGUGCACCCUGACAGCUGACCAGCCCCGCCUUCCUGGCCUGUGGUCUGAGGGUGGCGAGUUGAGGUAGGGUGAGAUCCUUGCCAGUAAAUGGGAGGAAGAGUCCAGAGGACGGGAGGAGGGGGGUCUUGGGGAACAGUCCUGGUCAGUGGGUUGCUCUGGGUGGUGUCCCUGGAGGGGACACAGCAGACACAGGGUGCCUUGUGUGCGGGAAGGGACAGCAUUAGGGCCAGUGCCUUGGAGCUAGGCUUCACCACUGAACUUUGAGCCUCCUGGGGGGGUCACGCCAAGGGGCUGCCUUUCCAGUGUUACUUGUGCUACGUUGGGAGCCGCAGAGCCACCAAUGGCUGAGUUCGGUGGAGUGGGCGGGCAGCUUCCCGGGCCUUAGCCCGGAUGCUGGUGUCAGCUCCUCAGUAGCGUGACGACUGCUGCCCUUGUAAAAGGGGUACCGCAGCCCGCGAGACAAUGGACUGCAGCUCCCAGCAGGCUGCGCGGGUAGCCCCCUAGGCAGAGCCGCCAGGGUGAGCGCUGGGGGCUGCGUGGCCGUGGCUGGCGAUGACUGGACCCAUGUCAAAUGCUUUCAAAGAGGAGCUUCCAGCUGAGUGGAGUUCUACCAACUGCCGUGUUCCGGAGGGAGUUCUGGGGGUGGAAGUCGGUUGUUCUGUUUGCCAAAUUAAGCUGCAGAUGCCUAUGGAACAGUGGAGCCAGACUGCAGUCACCUCGGUUGCCCUUUAGUUCUUCCUUGACUCACCUCCCAGGACUGAGAAGUCUGAAUCCCAGCUCCCUCACCUGGACCUCAACCCCAACCCUCCUUUUACAGGCUGAAUUGUCUUCAGAUUCCUAUGUUGAACCUCACCAGCCCUAGCUCAGAAUACAAUCCACCCCACCGGAGACAGGGUCUCACUAUGUAGCCCAGGCUGGUCUCGAACUCACAGCCAUCCUCCUGCCUCAGCCUCCUA